AUGGAGCCAACAGUGACAACUCUAGCUGAAGAAGGUGUCACGCAAGAAAUAAAAAUGACUGAAAUUGAAGUGAACGACGAAACCAACCUGGUCGACGCCAUUCAAGAAAUCAAAUUGACUUUAACCAUCCUACCGGAGCUCAAACAAGCCAUGGCUCUCCUCCCCGAAAUAAAGGCGAAUUUAACUGCGAUUCCCGAACUUCAAGAAAAAUUCGCAAAACUUUCUAAAACGGUCGCCUCUAUUUCACCGUAUCAUUUUAUUGGUAAUGGUGUAGUAACCAACAAUGACACCACUUCAACUAACCAACAACAACAAGACGUUGCUGUUACUCAACUCGACGACGCGUCGUCAACGUCUGCCGUAGUAAAAACUAAUGAAGACUCGGUUACCGUCAGUAACAAUAAUUCAGCUCCUCAAAGUAAAGAUGCCUCUCCUAAGAAAACUGAAGAGUCAACCAGCAGCGUUAAUGUUCCAGAAGCGCCUGCUCAAUCACAAAAACAAAAUCAACUCGCGAAAAAGAACGCAGGAAAGACUGCAAAGACGCAACAACAAUCCCAACAAGAAAUCACUCCUACGUCUGGUUCUGCCGUUCAAAGAUUUAAUAAUCGCGGAUUUGGUCGCGGCUUUGGCAGGGGUUUCUCAAGAGGAUUCGGACGCGGUAUGAACAGGGGCUUUCGAGGUAGCGGCUUUCAAAGAGGUGGAAGUCGUGGGUUUCGAUUUCAGGCGAACAGGAAUGCCGGAGGAAUGAAGAAUAAUCGAAUCCUGCUGCAAGAAAAUUGGAAUCAAAGUGUUUCGACCUUUGAAACCAUGAAUUUGAAGCAGCAAUUGCUGGAUGGUAUUCGUGAACACGGAUGGUACAAUGAACCAUCACCAAUCCAACAACGUGCUAUUCCAGCUAUCUUUUCUGGCCGAAAUGUCAUUAUUCAAAUCCCUUGCAUUGAGCAAAGAGUCAUGUGUUUCGUUAUUGCGUUGCUUCAAGAGAUAGAUCCAGAAGAUCCUCUUUGUCAAGCAAUUAUCCUUAUUCCAACAAAAGAUAUUGGCCAUUUUGUCGCAGAAAUAUUGAAUUCUGUUGGUCGAUUCCUUCGAUUAGGCGUUGUCACUUGUACCCCGGAAACUACUCUUGACGAGGAUCUUAGCAUCAUUUCAAAUAUAGAUCGAUCUAAACAGAUAAUCAUCGCCACUCCAGGCAGAAUGCUCUCUUUGAUAAGAACACGUGAAUGGUUUGGCGGACACAUCAAAUCGAUUGUCGUCGAAGAAUGUUGUCUCAUGUUUUCCCGACAACACGGUUACAAGACCUUUGAUAUCUUGAGAAGUUUCCCGCGAAUUAAAAGAGUAUUAAUGACCACCGCAACAACUUACACUCUCGCCGAACUAAAAGAUCGCGAAGCUCCAAAUGCGGCGAUAGUUCUUGACGAGAGUGGAUUUAAGGAUGGUUUACAUCUCUAUUUUAAGAUUGUCAAUAACGAAGAGCAAAAGUUGAGCGCGGUCUGCGAAACUAUCGAAGCUCUCGAAAUCGAAAAAGCCGUCAUUUUUUGUCGUAAUUCCGAUACAGUCAAUUCUUUGGCCGAUAAGUUGCAUGAUAUGUAUCAUGAUUAUCCGGUGUGGUCUAUUGAUUAUGAUACACCUGAUGAACAACGUUGGGAAAUUCUAAAUAAGUUCUUUGAUACUAACGAAGGAAUGAUUGUAGUUGUCGGGACUCAUUCCUCCUCGCUUACUUUUAGCCCUUCGCCAUUCGUAAUCAAUUAUGAUUUACCUCCACGCAAAGAACCUUAUCAUGACCGUGCUAUCUGUUGUGGUGGCUAUGGUCGUGAAGGAACGAUGAUUAACAUUCUUACAAAAACUUCUAUGCUUGAUCUUGCGCCACUCGAGCGCUACUAUCACGUUCAAAGUGAGCAAUUGAUGCCGCCUGCUGCUCGUGCUGAAAUAGAAGGCGUAGUAACCAAGACUGAAUAA